UCUUCGCCUCUGCCGCCACAAUCUUCCGAGAUUUGCCAGAGUCUUCUUUCAACGUUCGUACAAUCUAAUGGCCAACUCGUGAAACCGAUUACUCUUCACCAAUUGCACCGUCUUCUCAACCUUCUCUUGUGUACUGCAAACAUCUCGCAACUUGUAAAUGGAACCACCCCGGAUACCAUACACCAAUAUGUCCAUGCGAUAGAACUGGUCCUUCGACCCUUAGACUUCAGCCCUGAUGAGAGGCAUUUCACAUUUCGAGAUUUGAUUUUGGCCGUCUCUGUUGCCGCCCUAGCCAUGGCAUCAACACGCGAUUCGUGCCUACCACCUGAAAUCACUCUCACAUUCGAUGAGGUUGGACAAUCGAAUAUCCUAUGUCGCCUAGGAGAUCCUGGGUUUAACCUCCUGCAGAUCGUUCAUACCUCUGGAGAUCGUCUGGCAAAAGCAUUGAUUGACAGUGGCACGUACAGCCUGCCAACUGUUGUCUUACUUCCCGACCAGAUCUCUCUUCUUCCGACAUUCAUCUUCCCAUUCUCAUCAGGCUUUCUACCCGCCGUCUACUCUUUGAUUCAGUCUGACCCAUCCUCAUUCUCAUUCCACGCAACAGUUGCAGCUAGCCAACAACAAACGAAUAUCGUGACGUCAGCUCUUCUUCUCACGUUGGCUAGGCGCUUGCAGGAAGGAGCACCUGGAUUAGAUAUACUACCUGGACUGGAAAUCCCUGUCCGUGCCAGUACCUCGUUAAUCCUGAUGCUGUAUUACCUGGCUCUAGCCCUGGAUCCCUCACCAUCCACAUAUAACGACGUUGGCGUGCUCGUGUCCAGUUUACCAGUUGUAAAUGUUGGUGGUCAUCAAUCCGCCACUGGACACGAUAUUGCCAAAUUGUAUUACGAGAAAGGCUUGCAACUAGAUCCCGCUCAUCCCCAUCUUUUAUCCAACUUUGGCUCUCUCCUUAAAGAUGCAGGCCAUAUAGCUCAAGCGAUCCAAAUUUACGAUCGAGUCCUGCAGAUCCAGCCUGACCUUGAUGUGGCCCUCGUCAACAUAGCGAAUACCUUAAAAGACAUGGGCCACCCUGCGGAGGCGAUCCCGUAUUAUUAUAGAGCUGUUAUCACUAACCACUACUUGCCUGAAGCAAUAUGUGGGCUAGUCUAUUCCAUGAACGCGGUAUGCGAUUGGACUGGGAGAGGUGAACCGCAACGUCUUGCAAGCGUAGACUCUUCUCUCAAGCAGAUAUCUUAUGAUGCACCAGGCCAAUGGAUGUUGAAACUCAUCCACAUUUGUGAUCAGCAGCUUUCGGCUCCAUCUACUCGCAAUUUCGGUCUUGUCCGAGCAAAUAAAACACUGGAUGAUUGGGUCAACCUGGUCGAGCAAGCAUGCGGGCGGAAGUUGGAGGCAGAAGAACGAAGAGAAUGGAUAGGUCGGCUUAGCCUAUUCUAUACUGACUAUGACGACAGGAAGCCCACUUUUUUGAACGAAGGAGGAUUCCUCAUCAGGUUUUUAGAGUGGUGGCAGACAAGGAUGCAACGAUCGUGGUAUAUCAAAGCCUACGGCAAUGUCAUUCAAUCUAAUCAUCUUCUUACGUCAUCAUCACACGAAACUUCGACUCCACCAUCUUUGUUGCCAUUUUCUGUUGAGCUACCGUCUCUUCCAUCUGUUCUUCCAUUCCAUACGUUUACUUAUCCGCUGACUCCUCGUGUAAUUCGUCUAAUAGCCCAUAGAAAUGCUCUCCGGAUGUCACACAUCGCACUGGCUAAAUUGAAACCUUCAAGGGGUUUCCAUCCUCCUCCCCAUCCUCCGCUCAAAGGAAAAAUAAAUGUUGGCUAUAUGUCAAGUGAUUUCAAUGAUCACCCUUUGGCUCACCUCAUGCAAUCUGUAUUUGGUCUCCACGAUCUCAACGACUUCAACGUGUUCGUCUAUGCAUUGACUCCAUCUGAUGGAUCAAGUUUUCGACAUCAAAUUGAGCAUGACAGUCAACACUUUCUAGACGUGUCACAAAUGUCUUGUGACGAUGUAGUCGAGAGGAUAUUACGCGACCAAAUUCACAUUCGCUGGUGCGACUAUUUGGUCUGUGAUCCACUGUCGUGCCCACCUGGUUCAAAUAUGAGAUCACGAGUCCAUGCUAUGCGCAGUGACCGUGGUCACAAACCAUACGACGUAGGAGUGCCAGUUGGCGAUGAUGCUGAUCCGGAAUCACCUUCUAUGGACUGGGUAUAUACCGAAAAUUUCAUCUACAUGCCGCAUACCUAUCUCGUCACCGAUCACAGGCAAUCUUGUCGGCAAGAUGAGAACAUAUCUGAGCAAGAUCGCCUUGUUGUUCCUGAGUCUAAACUGUGGCUUGACGAGGCUCAUCGACGAGGAGAGCUGAGGCGGUCGCUAUUUCCGGAUUUACCUUUGGACGUGGUUAUUUUUGCCAACUUCAAUCAGUUGUAUAAGAUUGAUCCAGUGAUCUUUGCGACCUGGCUGCGAAUUCUCGCUCAAGUUCCCCGUAGCAUUUUAUGGUUACUGCGUUUUCCUGCAGCAGGAGAAGCGCAUCUCUUGCGUACAGCUCAAAUGUGGGCUGGCCAAGAGGUUGCAUCUCGUAUCCAUUUUACAGACGUUGCCCGCAAAGAACAACAUAUCUAUCGUUGUCGCGUUGUUGAUCUCUUUCUUGACACUGUAGAGUGCAGUGCACACACUGUAGCUGCUGAUGUGUUGUGGUCCGGAACACCCAUCAUUGCCUGCGCCUGGUCUGAGCAUCGCUAUAAGAUGUGUUCUCGAGUAGCAGCAAGUGUUGCAAAUGCAACAGGAUUUGGUCAGCACAUGGUGGUGAGUAGCAGGGAGGAGUAUGAAGAACGGGCCAUUUCACUUGCAAAAAGCCUGUGCUACGAAGUACACCACGACUCUCGUGGAGAUAUGGAGCUGAAGACAGGUGGCGAAUUGAUUAACUUGCGGCGGAACUUGUUCCUGAACCGUGAUGUUAUGCCAUUGUUCGAUGCGAAGCGAUGGACAAAAAAUCUAGAAAAGAGCUAUCGGGCUGCAUGGAGACGAUGGGUCGACGGGUCCAUGUUUCGCUGCGUGGAUGAUGGAAACAUCUGGGUGAAAGAUGAAGAUGAGAUUUUGGUACGUUUCUAUGAAUAAACUGUUAAUCAAGACUAGAGUGUCAAGCCGAUGUUGGCGUGGUUAAUUUGACAUUAACGAUGCCUUCUGGCUCGUAUGAUAUUACUUGUCAUGCGCAGAACUGGAGUUGUUAAUAUGACAUUCACGAUGAUUUUU